AGUCUGAUAAACCCACAGCUGAACAGUUCAUCACACUUUGUGCUCUCAUCCCAAGAUGACUUAUCUAUGGCUCUUAGGAAUUUUUGCAGCAUGUUUUGGAUUGUGCAUCACACAGGGAACUAACUCAGAAAUAUCUUGUCAGAAGCCACAAAUAUCUAAAGGAGUUGUGACAAAUCCUAAGAAUAUUUACAAAGAAGACGACAGAAUAUCCUACAGCUGCAAUCCUGGGUUCAAAUCAGAGAGAAAUGCAGAAGCCACUUGUACUGGAAAUGGCUGGAGCCCUGAGCCGUCGUGUGUAGAAAUCGUUUGCUAUCCUGAUAGAGUAAUAAAUGGGCAAGUUACACAGCCUAAGGUUAUGUACAAAGAGGGAGAGACCAUUAAGGUGCAAUGUGAUCGUGGAUUCCAAUUAGAGGGUGAUGCUAAUUUACCAAGAACAUGCACAAAGAACGGCUGGUCCCCUCCAAUGAAAUGUAUCAGUAAAAUGUGUGAUGAUCCUAACAUUUUACAUGGAGCAAUUACCUGGCGUACAAACUAUGGUUUUCCAAGAAGAAUACUUUCUUAUAUAGAAUACUACUGUGAUAAAGGUUAUUUACCACCGGAAAAAGAGUACUAUGUCAGAUCUACGUGUACAGAAAACGGAUGGAGUCCCAGACCGCGUUGUUUAAGAACAUGCUCCAAUUAUAAUGUCAGAGUGGACAACGCUGAGCUACUGGCAACUCAGAAUGUUUAUGUGAGUGGUGAGAGAGUGCGGUUCAGAUGUUACCGAGAUUAUAAAACUGAAGAUGGAAAUGAAGAAGGUGAAAGAGAAUGUCUUCCUACUGGCGCGUUUACCGCAGCAAGAUGCAGAUACAGAAAGAACUGCACAAUCACAGCUUUGGAUCAUGGGAGGUACCAGCCAAAAAAAAGUUCAUUUAGUGUUGGUGAAUAUUUGCGAUAUCAAUGUGAUGAAGGAUUUGUGAGUCCGAGGCGCAGCAGGGGUGAACAUGUGCAGUGUCUUACAGAUGGAUGGCAACAUACCCCCCAGUGUACUGACAUCACAUGUACUAUACCAGAAGGGGGCAAAUUAAUAUCUACAAAGCAAGAAUAUAAAGAGGGUGAGAGAGUCCAGUUAUCAUGCCCAGUUGGCUACAGUUUGUCAGGCUCUGCAAACAGUCAGUGUCAUUACUAUGGCUGGGACCCAUCACUGUCAACAUGUGAAGGAAACCCUUGUGGCAAACCUCCAGUUGUUGAGUUUGCAAAUAUUCUUGGUGAAAAGUCCAACUACAAGCAUAAUGACCUAGUGGAAUAUAAAUGUCUAUCUGGAUACAAGCGUGAAAGACCUAGCACAGCUAUAUGUCUAAAAGGAGAAUGGCAUGACCUUCCUGUCUGUGUCUCAACUAAAUGUGAUCCUCCAAAACCUAUUCCAAAUGGAAAAAUAAAAAAUGAAGUGAAGACUGAGUACCUGUCUGGUGAAAAAGUUCAAUAUGAAUGCAACUCAGGAUUUGCACUGCAAAAGAAGAGAGAUGAAGCAGUUUGUGAAAAUACUCAAUGGGUACAGACACCAGUGUGCAGACAAAUAGGAGAGCGCUGUGGCCCUCCACCUCUAAUAGAAUAUGGAGAAAUCCGACAAAACAGGAACAAAACAUAUGAAUCUGGAAGUACAGUAGAGUAUCUAUGUCCAAAUUACUAUAUAAUGGAAGGAAACGCUAUAAUUGAAUGUGAGAACGGCGUAUGGGAUGAUCCUCCUGUUUGCUUAGAGCCGUGCAUCACAGGCGAAAAAGCAAUGAAAGAGCAUAAUAUAAGACUGAAAGGGAGUUCUGACACAAAAAUAUACUCUGAACAUGGAGAUUUUGUGUCAUUUAGUUGUCUAGACGGAUAUGAGAUAAAUUAUGAACAAGCACUUACAGUGCUGUGUAUCAGAGGAGUAAUGAGAUAUCCUACAUGUUCCAAAAGAGGAGCCUUUGAAAGAGAAAACCCAGUAACAUUUGAGGACAGUCAUAUCAUCAUAUUCAAGAGGUACAUUGAUGAUCUGUUUUUAAUAUGGCGUGGUACCCAACAAGAUCUGAAUGACUGGUUUGACAAUCUCAAUCAAUUGUCGGUGAAUUUGAAGUUCAAAAUAACAUAUCAUUGUGAGGUGAUUGACUUUUUGGAUUUAAGAGUAAAAAAAUCAACUGGCACAUUAUGUACUGAACUCUUUACCAAACCAACAGAUCGCAAUUCAAUGCUGCUUUACACAAGUUGUCAUCCCACAGGAAUAAAAAAAGCUUUACCUAUAUCACAGUUCCAGAGGGUGGUAAGAAAUAACUCCACCAGAGAAGGGAAGGAAGAACAACUCACCAAUAUGUAUCAGAAAUUUAAAGAAAGGAGUUAUGUGGAUGAGGUGCUACAAGAAGCCUAUGCCCAAGCGGUGAGUAUGACACAAGAUCAAGCUUUAACCAGCAGUGAACGAAAUAAGGACCAACCAACCAUGGACAGAUUAACAUUUGUCACCGAAUACAGUCCGGACAAGAGAGAUUUCAGAGGAUUUCCACCCAAGUUCAAACAAUCCAGCUGGAACAGUGGGGAAGUAAUGAUGACAACUACGACAGCAACAAGCCUUGACAUUGAGAAUGAGGAGGAUUAUGCACAUACCUUUCAAUUUAGUGCAGAAGAUGCAACUCGGAUUCGUUUUGACAGCAGAGUAAUAAAAACACAACGGGAAAUUCCUUUACAUCUAUACAAUCAGAUUUUGAAAUUGAAAAAAAGAAGGAUUGACUUUAAGUUACACGGCUGCUACUUAUCCGCCUAUCACGAGAAGAUGCACAUACCAAAAGGCUUUAGGAUCAAAAAUAUGCCCACCAUUGGCAGGAAUAAUCCUGUGUUUUGUAAGAAGUGGUGUGGCAUAUUAAACAAAUGCUCUCUAGAUCUCAUGUUAUUGGUAAUUGAGGAGACUGGAGCAACAUUGAAGAGUCUGGAAAUUGAAAUCACACAAUUUGAAACUGAUCAUCUGUGUAAAUUGGAACAAGACCAACAAGAGGAUUGGCUCACCAAACUGCACAAACAGCUUAAAGAUUAUGAAGGUGAGCUAAUAGCAUUUAAAGAAAAGAAAUGGGAAGCUGUGACCACGGAUUACCGGGAGAAAAGAGUAUAUCAAUGGACAUUAAGCCCUGAAGAAAGGCAGUUCAGGAUGUCACGAAGAAGACCCAGGGUAUAUAAACCCAGAAACCUGACGACUAUUGACAGUUCAGAUAAUGCCACUGAUAAUGAGGCACCAUCAACAUCUACAGAAUGCUAUGAGCUGAAUCAAGAGGAGAAAGAUGUGCUUAAUAAAGGCUUAAGUUUCAUACCUACCACAUAUGCUAACGAGUUCGAUAUGUUGGUAGAUUCUUACAAGUUUCAAAGGACACUAAGAUUAAAAGAAUUUUUCAAGGAUACCCCGAAAGAAACAGAUGUAGCCUCUUUUGAACUAAAGAAGAAAAGCACUUUUGAUCCUCGAAGUCUACAACCAAGUAUUCUGACAUAUUCCAGAUUAACCAGUGAUGAGAUGAGGGAGACUGUCAGAAAGAACAAAAGUAACAUCAGGAAUAAUUUGUCCAAAAGGGAGACACAAGCUCUUAAGAAGCUACAAGAGAAUGCCUCUAUUGUGAUCCGUGAAGCAGACAAGGGUGGAGCACUGGUCAUCCAAGAUUAUGUUUGCUAUAAAAGAGAGAUCAUGUCACAGUUGGAGGACAGUAAGGUAUAUGAAAAGUUACCAAAUAAUCCUACCCAAAAAUUUAAGAGCAAGAUUGAUGAGUAUUUGAAUCAACUAAAGAAAGAAAAUCAGAUCUCGCCAAGUCUAUUAUCAUAUCUACAAGUUGAACAUCCUAUUGUUCCCGUCUUGUAUACCUUACCAAAGGUACAUAAACACCCGAGCAAACCACCUGGCAGGCCCAUAGUGUCUGCCAGAGGAUCCAUACUACAGCCCAUUGCCACCUAUCUGGACAGAAUGCUACAACCUUUUGUUCAGAUGAUCCCAUCGUAUUUAAAAGAUUCGAUUGAAUUGAUAAAAAUCUUACAGAAGCUAAGUGACAUCAGAGACACUGAUAUACUGGUCACCCUGGAUGUGACCAGUUUGUACACGGUGAUUCCGCAUAAUGAGGGAGCCUUUGAAAGAGAAAACCCAGUAACAUUUGAGGACAGUCAUAUCAUCAUAUUCAAGAGGUACAUUGAUGAUCUGUUUUUAAUAUGGCGUGGUACCCAACAAGAUCUGAAUGACUGGUUUGACAAUCUCAAUCAAUUGUCGGUGAAUUUGAAGUUCAAAAUAACAUAUCAUUGUGAGGUGAUUGACUUUUUGGAUUUAAGAGUAAAAAAAUCAACUGGCACAUUAUGUACUGAACUCUUUACCAAACCAACAGAUCGCAAUUCAAUGCUGCUUUACACAAGUUGUCAUCCCACAGGAAUAAAAAAAGCUUUACCUAUAUCACAGUUCCAGAGGGUGGUAAGAAAUAACUCCACCAGAGAAGGGAAGGAAGAACAACUCACCAAUAUGUAUCAGAAAUUUAAAGAAAGGAGUUAUGUGGAUGAGGUGCUACAAGAAGCCUAUGCCCAAGCGGUGAGUAUGACACAAGAUCAAGCUUUAACCAGCAGUGAACGAAAUAAGGACCAACCAACCAUGGACAGAUUAACAUUUGUCACCGAAUACAGUCCGGACAAGAGAGAUUUCAGAGGAACAGUUCAUCACACUUUGUGCUCUCAUCCCAAGAUGACUUGUCUAUGGCUCUUAGGAAGUUUUGCAGCAUGUUUUGGAUUGUGCAUCACACAGGGAACUAACUUAGUGCCCACGUGCAGCUUGCCUAGAGAUAACUUCAUUCAAUACUGGCCAUUCAAACGUGUCUACAAACUUAACGAUGUUGUGGAAUCUGUUUGCCCAGAAGGUUAUAAGCUGAAAGGCUCAAAGUUAAGUCAAUGUUUUUCCUAUGGAUGGGGACCUGCGCUGCCAACAUGUGAAGAGGAAACUGAAUCUCCAAGUGAGGGCGGUGGAGACGAACAGCCACAUCCAGCUGGAGAGUGUAACAGUCCAAAAAUUAUACAUGGAAACCUUCAAUGGUCUUCAUCCUACGGAUUUCCAAAACAAAUCGGCUCUAUAAUAGAUUAUUCCUGUGAUGAUGGGUAUUUACCCCCAGACAAAAUGUUGAAUGGCAGAUCCAUAUGUACAGAGAGCGGAUGGGAUCCCAGACCACAGUGUUUAACUACUAAAUGUGAUCCCCCUAAAACUAUUGAAAAUGGAAGGAUAAUAAAUAAACUAAAGGCUCUAUAUGAAUCUGGUGAAAAAGUGCAAUAUCAAUGCACAUGGGGAUUUGCUUUGGAAAAAAACAGAAAUGAAGCAGUUUGUGAAGAUACUCAGUGGGUACAGACACCGGUGUGCAGAAGAAUAGGAAAGCGCUGUGGGCCACCACCUGUAAUACAAUAUGGAGACACACGACAAGACAGAAAGACAAUAUAUGAAUCUGGAAAUACAGUGGAGUAUCUGUGUCCAAACUACUAUGUAAUGGAAGGAAAGGCUGUAAAUAAAUGUGAGAACGGCGUCUGGGAUGAUCCUCCUGAAUGCUUAGAGCCGUGCACUGCAAGAGAUAAAGAAAUGAAAGCGCACAAUGUAAGGCUGAGAUGGAGAAUUGACACCAAACUAUACGCUCAACAUGGAGAUGCUAUGUCAUUAGCGUGCCUAGAAGGAUAUGAGAUACAUGAUGCAGUAUUACUUAGAGCACAGUGUAACAGAGGAGUACUGAAAUAUCCGAAAUGCAUCAAGAGAGGAUCAUGUGUUUUAUCACAGACAACAAUGGAACAGAACAGCAUCUAUUUAAACAGAACCAGUGAAAUUGAAAAUGGAGAAACGGUUGAGUUUAAGUGUAAUGAAGGAAUGGUACCGGAGACCUCCCUGACAGCUACAUGCAGAUCGAACAUUAUAAAUUAUCCCAAAUGUAUUGCUGAUAGAAUAGGAGAGGGCUGUGGUCCUCCACCUGUAGUACAAUAUGGAGACACGCGACAAGACAGAAAGACGUUGUAUCACUCUGGGAGUACAGUGGAGUAUCUGUGUCCUAAUUACUAUGUAAUGGAAGGAAACUCUAUAAUUAAAUGUGAGAACGGUGUAUGGGAAAAUCCUCCUGUUUGCUUAGAGCCGUGCACCGCAGAUGAGAAAGAAAUGAAAGCGCACAAUGUAAGGCUGAGAUGGAGAUCUGACACCAAACUGUACUCUGCACAUGGAGAUACUGUGUCAUUUACGUGUCUAGACGGAUAUGAGAUACAUGAUGCAGUAUUACUUAGAGCACAGUGUAACCGAGGAGUACUGAAAUAUCCUAAAUGCAUCAAGAGAGAAUAAUGUUUGAUGCAAAACAGGAAGAAAAUAAACAAAUGAAUUUGCUUGAACAAGAAGAUUCUUUGAUAUGAUCUGCAGAUAUAAAAUAUAGGGCUGAAUGACAUCUUGUGUAACAAGUGUACUUGGCGCCUUGUAAUGUGAUUAGAGCUAAACACGUUUCUACUAUAAAUAUAGUCAUAUUGCCCUAUAAAUGGGUUGUGAUGUCAUUACAAUGUGCAAUUCAAGGUUAUCAUGUCAUAUACUGUAAUGAAAACAGAACAAAUAAACCCUAUUGAGUGUAUUUUA